AUGCUCGAGCACAACUAUGGUGGGCCAACGGCGGUCCAAAGUUUCGCCAUUAUGAGUGACGCAUUAAAGAUGGCACCAGGCCAGGACAAACACACUGACGGGGGUAAAUUGGUGCUGGCCUGUUCUUCGUCACCUUCGCUCUCUUCUGCACAUCCAGAAAAGCUGGCCAUUAAAUAUCUCCCUUACUCGCCGUUCUCAAACAGGCGUAAAAUGACGAUCGUUCUGGUCAUUGCAGUUUCCGCGCUUAUCAGCCCGCUCGCUGCCAACACAUACUACCCAGCGAUUCACGAGACACAAAGAGAGCUUCACACAUCCAAGGGCGGGAUCGAUGCUACCAUCCAGGCUGUAUUCCCGUUGCUUUGGAGUGUUUUCUCGGAUAAUUUCGGCCGACGCUUUGUAUACCUUGGGUCGCUCAUGGUCUUCAUCGCUGGCAGCGCUGGAUGUGCUGGAUUAAAGAACCUCGCUGGUAUGAUUGUUUGCCGUAUCAUCCAGGCAUGCGGCGCGUCUGCCGUGCAGGGUUCUGGUGCAGGAACUAUUGCCGAUAUCUACGAGCGCGAGCGUCGCGGUACAGCCUUGGGCCUGUAUUGCCUUGGUCCACUGUUUGGCACCUCGCUGGCUCCUCUGAUCGGUGGAUUCUGCGCAGAGAAACUUGGCUUUCGUUGGAUUUUCUGGAUUCUAGCCAUCUUUGGCGAGACCCACCGCCGCGCUAUGUCCGAAAAGUAUGACACCCAGCCGAUCAACAUCCCGGUUAAGCGCAGCCUCAUUGGCAAGCGCAGCAAUCCGCUUCGGGCAAUCAAGCUCCUCAAGCUCCCGAAUGUCUCCAUUGUCUGCUUUCAGAUUGCAAUGUCGUUUGGCAUCCUGUACGGCCUUGCCAGCAUCAAUGCUACGGCCAUUGAGGAUAUCUACAACCUUAGCCCCGGGCAGACCGGCUUGGGCUAUAUCGGCAUGGGUGGUGGAAACAUUAUUGGUGCCUUUGUUGGUGGCCGCGUUACCGACCUUCAGAUUCGUCGCGAGCAACGCCAGAUCAAGCCUGCCACUGUCGAGACUGGGGGAAUCACUAGUCCGCAGUCACCCGGAAGGAGUCCCGAGAUCCGCAUUGCUUCGUCGUGGGUCGGCGGACUUGUCCUGCUUGCUGGAACUCUGAUGAACGGGUGGUUUAUCCAGAAGAGGGUCCAUUUGGCUGGCGUCAUUAUUGCUCAGUUUAUGAUCGGUGUUGGCACCAGCUUCCAGUUCAACCAGAUGUGCAGCUACUUUGUUGACCUGUUUCCCACCAGCGCGGCCAGCAUCACCUCGGUUCAGAACCUAGUCCGUAAUUCAUGGACUGGCGCGUGCAUCGAGCUCCUGCCGACUAUGACUACCAGCAUAAACUGGGGGCCGACAUUCACUAUCUUUGCUGGUUUAGCGCUGGUCGGCAGUGUCCUUGUCGAGAUUGCUGCCAUCAAGGGGGAGUACAUCCGCCAGCGCUUCCAUUUCUCGCCGAAGCUCUAG